AUGGACCCAAGUCAGAUGACCGAGGAAGAAGCUCGCGAAACUGUCCGCAAGAUGUUUGAUGAGAUGCGAAGGACCCUCAAUGCUGAAGGAGACUACAGUGAUAGUGAGGAUGAGUACGAGACAGACAGCGACACCGAAGACAACAGCACCACCACUGCCGUCCCUACCAAAGACAAAGUCAACGCCGGAACUACCGACAAGGCCGACGCCAAAACCACCACCAACAUCGACACCACUGAAAAUAACAACAACAGCAGCAGUGAUAACAGCAACAGUAACAACAACAACAACACCAACAAGAGCAAUAGUAACGGUGCUCCUCACAACAACAACAGCACCGAUGGCACGAGUGGAGAACAAGAAUCCAAUGAAAACUCCAAGAUUAAUCUGGGCUAUACUCAACCCCAGCCCGCCGAAGGAACGAUAGGCGAACCCGAGAAGGCCAAGAAGAAAAAGAGGAAAAAGACCAAAAAGGCGAAGAUCGAGCUUGAAGACUAUCUUGCAUGCGAAGAUGGUACUGAUCCACUAGUCGAGAACCCUUAUGACAUCUCCAAAACUCCUGCUGAGCGAGUCGAAAUUGCGGUCACCCGGUUCCGCAAAAAUCGCAAGUUUAGCCCGAUUCGCUCCCAGAUCCUGUCUGUCUACCUCGACUAUGGUGGCAUCCAAACCGGACCAAAGAUGUUCCAGGGCGGUGGCGGUAACAGCGGAGGGGCUAACGAUGAUGGCGAGGUGGAUUUUGACGCCAUGAACGCUGGUGUCGACCGAGUAGAUUUGCCCGAGGACGGGCAGGAAGUGGACUUUACUAACGUCGUCACGACGUUUCUGUCGCAGUACUUCUUGAAGAGCACCGGCUGGAUCGACAUGGUUUACUAUAAGGACACUCCUGUUGUUGUUGCGGCUCUGCUGAACUAUUUCCUUGUUCGUGACGUUCUGCCCGAGUACAAAGAGGAUCUUCAAGCCGCCUUGGCGGUUGCGGAGAAGGCCAAGAUCGAGUUGCCUUUGUGCAAGAUGAUCAGCAGUGGCUGGCCAAGUCGGUUCGACAAGGCUUGCUCGCUACUCUAUGGAGGCGAAUGGUUCGACUACCUGGAGGACCUUUGGCAGGGUGAAGCAGCAGCGAUCGAGACGAUUGGAUUGGAUCGAGCGAUGGCAAGGAGGAUUGUCAAGUCUGUGGUGGGACACGAUGUCGACAUUGAGACUCUGAAAGCUGGGCCACGAGAGUUCUUGGAGAUGGAAGUCAUCCAUAUCCCUGCUAUUGACUUUGACGAGGGCGCUGAUGUCGAUACGGUGCCAGAGGAGGAGGACGAUGUGGCCGCAGUUGAUAUGGUCGACCGCAUGCUCCUUGGUGAAGGUGGCAAAUCGUCCGAGGAACCUGUCGUCCCGGUGGUGUUCAAUGGCACAACAGCAACAACAGCAAUGACAGUGACGGCCGCUGCCGAGGCGGUUCCCGAGGUAGUUGAUGCGUUGAUGGUCAAGUAUGUCGACGUGACACUGGCAGAGUUGGAUCCAGAGGUCCCCAUGGAAUGGCAAAAACCCGCGAGCCAGCGACGCAAGAUUCAUGUAUUCUUUGACCCGAACGUGUCGACCAAAUUGUUGUUGGGUAUGCGGAUUGCGGGGUAUGUCUACACGCUGUCGAAUGGAAUGUCGUAUCUCGAGCAGGCUCAAGUCAUGCCUACUUACUACUUGGAGGCGGAUGAAGUUGUGCAGUCCGAGGACGAGUGGGAGGACUAA